AUGCCCCCUCUCAGCGCGUCCAUCCACCAGCUCGUCGCCCUCCUCGUCCCCGCAACACGCAACGACGACACACUCAGAGAUGAUCUCGUAGCCCACGCCACAGACAUCCUCUCCAGCCACAUUGGCCAGUCCAACUCGACCGACACCGCACAUCUCACCAGCCUCAUUCGCCGACAUCUCUCCCAGUCAAACGCGUCCCCAAACGCGUCUCUCCAGUUCACCAACCUCAACGCCCGCCUCCAGGCCCAGCCUGCCCUAGCACGCAAACACGACGCUCUCCUCUUUCUCCACACCCUCGCCUCCUCCUCGCGUCCACAACCACCAUCCAUUCUCUCCCCUAAAUCCCCGUCUCCCCUUCCUAUUCCUUCUCCCCUUCCUACACCCGUCGAUCCCCAAUCCACCAGCAGGUCCAAGGCCGCCAUUCUUGCCGAAUAUCGCGCCAGAAUAGGUAAACCGCAUGUCCCAGAACAUUUGCUCCUGCGCGAUGCUCUCUAUCUCCUACAAGGCAUAUCCGGGAAGCACAUCUCCCUUCACGAUGGCAAUCUGACCUUUCACCACGACUCAAAAUACACCAUUACAGCUCCUUUAAAAUCCCUCCUCCACCGUCUGGCAGAGGUCGGCCACCUCUACGCCCGCGUUGACGCCUUCGUCCGAUCACGCGAUGUCUCAUCCAGCCUCCUCCCUCCCUCGUCCGCCCAUCCGAGCCACAACACCCUCACCCCGCCCCAGGUCGGCAUGAUCGAACAGUCGCUCGCCCACCAUCUCCAGUCCCAGCUCACCCAGUACUAUCGCCUCAUCGCCGUCCUCGAGUCCCAGCUCAAUUCCGCCCCGAGCUCCUCCCCCGACCAGUCCGGCCUGACGCUCAAGAGGCUGGACGUGUGGAUCAACGAAUGGCGCCUCCGCAUGCGCAUGAUGAGUGUAUGCGUCGAGGGCGCCAAGGGCACGCAGGGCGGCGCACUGGUCAACCUCAUCCACUCGUACACGGACAACGGGGAUCCGUUCGUCCGCAGUUUUACCGACGAGCUGCUCGAGGAGGUGUCGAAGCCGUUCUUUUUGACGCUGCACAAGUGGCUUUUCUCGGGUGACUUGUAUGAUCCCUAUGCCGAGUUCUUCGUCUCUGUGGAUCCUGAACUGGCAGAUCCUCGGCACGCAGGGCCGCUGGGCUCGUUCGACGCUGUCUUGCCUAUGGACAACGAAGACAUGUCCUCGGAUGCUCGCGAGAGUGGAUUGCGUAUGUGGGAAAGCAAGUACCGCUUCAGAAAGGACAUGCUACCGAUGUUCGUCGACGAGACCUUCGGACGAAAGAUCUUCUCCACGGGAAAAUCCCUCAACUUCAUCCGGUACACAUGCCACGAUUCGGACUGGGCGACGACGCGAGAUCGCAUGUCGUCUGCGCACCAGACGCAUGCGCGCGGCACGCUGUCCUACACCGACAUCCCCGGACUGGAGCGCUCCAUCGACGCCGCGUACAAGACCGCCUCGGCGCGCCUGUUCGAAAUCCUGAUCGACAAAUUUCACCUCACCACCCACCUCAAAGCGCUCAAAUCCUAUCUCCUCCUCGGACACGGCGACUUCGCGUCACAGCUGCUCGACGCCCUCGCGCCCUCGCUCGGGCGCGCCGCGAGCACGCUGUACCGGCACAACCUGACCGCAACACUAGAGAGCGCGCUCCGGAGCACGAGCGCGGCGGACGACGCGGGCGGCGCGGGCGAGGUGCUGCGGCGGCUCGACGUGCGCGUGCUGCCGUACGGGCAGGGUGAGGUCGGCUGGGACGUGUUCACGCUCGAGUACAAGGUGGACGCGCCGGCGGACACGGUGCUCGAUCCCGAGAGCAUGGGCGCGUAUCUGAAGCUGUUUUCGCAUCUCUGGCGCAUGAAGCGCGUCGAGAGCGCGCUCCGCGACGCGUGGAUGCGCGCGGCGCGGGGCAGGCGCGGGGACUGGCAUCGGAUUCGGCUGGCGAUGGCGGAGAUGAUACAUUUUGUGCGGCAGAUGACGGCGUAUUGCCAGCUCGAGGUGAUCGAGUGCGCGUGGAUAGAGCUGAUGGAGUUCCUCAAUAAGCGGGAAGGAGACCUCGACGGUAUGAUCGACGCGCAUCGGACGUAUCUGGAGAGGAUGGUCAAAAAGGCGUUGAUGCUGAGUCCGAAAGCGGGCAGGGAGGAAAAUCUCCUGAACCAGGUCAGAGAUGCGUUUGGAACGAUUCUCCAGUUCAGGGACGCGAUGGACAGUUUCUACAACAGCUGUCUCUCCGAAGCGGCGGCGAUAGAGCAAGAACACGACCUCGAACGGCUGCGCAAAUUGGUCGAAGAGUACGCUCAGACGUUCACUGAGCAGGCCUCUGGAAUCGUGCACUCGUUGCAGACGCAUCCCGAUCUCGACUGCAGGUUCUUGGGGAUUCGCAUGUCUUUCUCGGACUACUACAGGCGAGGAAAGUGA